AAUAUAAUGGAUGGAACUUUUAAAUAUUUCCUCCGUACGCGGAAUCCUGGAGGACCGCGUUAAUAUAUAUUUAAUCCCUACGCUCAGGGGCCAAAGACUGUAUAAAUGUUAUACCGCCAAAUUUUAGAAAAGCACUACGCAAAUGACUGUAUGAACGUAUGUUUCUCAUGGAUAUUGUUGAAGAAUUGUUAGCAAUAGGUAAGAUUCGAUUCUGCCGUAAGUCUUUCGGCCAUUAGGCCUAAGUGCCGUACGUUGCUCUAAUACGAGAAUUCAUGAACAGGAAAAGGAGACAGAAAAACCGAGGGCAGGCAAGAAUGGCGGCCUCCUGGAGUUAUCUACAAUUAGCUAGCAAGCAAGAAGUGAGCUUGAAUUCAGGAAGUUUCCCAACCACCCAUGAGACGGCUUGUACAUCAGGACUUGAAACGCCAGGGCCUUGUAACUCCAAACCCUCAAAUCUGUCGAAGGCUGAACCAAUUGAUGAGUUCAGCCAAGAGUUCACAGAUCUGUUCCCCCAAAAUAAUGAAGAGGGGCCACCGAAGAAAGACUCUGUCAAGGAACCAUAUGAAGGAAACUCCUACCAGGAAGCUUGUAUCCCAUCACAGGGCUGGUCUCAGAAACUCACUUACCCAGAUGGUCACAGUUAUCGGACAGCUGCUGUCUCUCAUGAGUGCCUUAAUCAUCUGCUCCAGGAGUGCCCUGAGUUAAGUAGCUGCCGCGGCUGUCUGGCUGCUUUUGUUCUGGAAAGAGAGAUGACUGGAUCUGAUGGACAAAUUUAUGAGCAAUAUGAAACUGUGGCUCUAGGCACAGGCAAUACAAGCAACAGUGGCUGGCUGUCUUUCAGUGGAUGUGUGGUGCACGACUGCCAUGCUAUGGUAGUGGCUCGUCGAGCACUUCAGAGGUUCUUGUUCAAGCAGCUCCUUCUUUUCUUCAGUGAUGACCCAAAGUUUAACGAAAGGUCCAUCUAUAGAAGCUCUCCUGACAGUAAUCUUCUUCAGCUCAAGCCAGGAAUCUAUCUGCAUCUCUAUACCAGCAACACCCCUCACGGUGCAGCGCAGUGUGUUUUCCUAAAGUCACCCAGCAGCAGCUAUACCUCCCUGACUCUCCAGUGCCAUGCUAAGGGCUCUCUUGUUCCCGCGGCUCUCAUAAAACCAAGUGUAUGGGGUGCAAGGAUAUGCUGCAUGUCAGAAAGCGACAAGCUGAGUCGCUGGACAGUGACAGGCCUGCAGGGGGCACUGCUAAGUCACUUCAUCCAGCCGCUUUACAUAACCAGCAUAGUUCUUGGCGAUGCCAGACCCAGCUGUGAUAAGGUAUCAGACGCCAUUAACGAGCGGCUAGCUGGAGAGUGGGCAGACCAGCUACCCCAGCCCUUCUACAGGAGCAAUGUGGUGUUAUUCAGCUUGGAUGAUUUGCCGAAGGGCUGCUCAGAGCACUGUAGGAACUUCAGCCUUAACUGGAGUCUUGGGGACUCUGGUGUGGAGGUUUUGGACAGUACGAGGGGCACAGUCAUUCAGGGGUCUCCCUUUAUAAGCGGACCUGGGUUCUCCAGCAGGCUGUGUAAGAGGUCUUUCUUUGCAGUCUUCAGAAAAAUUGCCAGAUUAGGGAACCAUCAAGUCCUACUUGAUCUCCAAACUUACCGAAAUGCCAAGAUGGCUGCCUGCCCUUAUCAGAGCGCUAAGGCUAUGGUCAGCAAGCAGUUCAUAAUCAACAAUGCCGGCCCCUGGAUCUCCAAGCACCUAGUGGACUGUUUCAGCCAGUAAAAGACUGUGGUAAAUUCAUACAAUGUUUAUAGUACUGGUUUCUGUGUGAUGUCUUUUUUUGGUGGAAGUAAAAAUAUUAAAAGUUAAUAGCAUUUAGAGUUUUGGGGAAAAGUUAUUUUCUUGUAUGCUCUUCCAACAAAAUAUAUUUUGUUGCUUUAAUUUUGCAUGCUUUUGUUUAAUUUUGUUUAAUGUUAAAUAAAGAAAAAUGAUCAAGUGUCCUUUAUUACAACAUGAAAUCAGGUAAAUAUUUUACUUAUUUCCCCUAUUUCUGACACCCCUGGAAUGCACACACCUCUCUGAAUGUGCGAAAGUCAGAGUAUAUUAAAACUUU